CAACUCGAAGCUUUGGCCCCUCCACCGCAGCGACGACCCAAAGACAGAGCUCGGCUGCUCAGUCACCAACGUCAUUUCAAGCUGUCAACCUUGUUUCUUCCCCCUCUCCAGCCGCCCUCGAUUAACUACCAACAUGAAGAAAGAUGCUUCUUUGGGCGACCCGGAGAAAUGGUCCAGGUCGAAAGACGAGGAAUUCGCUGUUGGCGAGGUCACAGUCACGACCGCCACUGCCAAUGUGAUUGGGGCACAAGAUCAGCUCCAGCGCGGUCUGAAGAGCCGACACAUCCAGUUCCUUGCGCUGGGUGGCGCCAUCGGUACCGGUUUGUUCAUCGGCUCCGGCGCCAUCUUGUCCAUGGGAGGUCCUCUCGCUCUGUUCCUCGGCUACGUCUGCAUGAUGGCCAUCGUCUGGAACAUGAUGAACCUUCUCGCCGAGAUCGUCGUCUACCUGCCACUCAAGGGUGCCACCAUCCCCUACUUUGUCGAGCGAUUCGUCGAUCCCAGUCUUGCCUUUGCGACAGGAUGGAAUUACUGGUAUGCCUACGCCGUGUUGUUGGCAGCGGAAGUCUCUGCGGGCUCCAUCAUCCUCGACUACUGGAAGACGGCCGUGCCGACAGCUGUGUGGAUCGCCAUCAUCCUGCUCGUGAACCUCGCACUGAACAUCUUCGCCGUCCGGGUCUUUGGUGAGGCCGAGUUCUGGUUUGCCAGCAUAAAACUCAUCACCAUUACUGGUCUCAUCCUCGUCGGCCUCAUCAUCAUGUGCGGCGGCAGCCCUACACACGACGCCAUCGGGUUCGAAAACUGGGAGGACCCGGGCCCCAUUAAUGAAUACCUUGUUGGCGGCAGCACGGGGCGUUUUCUCGCCUUCUGGGCAGCCUUCAUCAAGGCCGGCUUCGCAUUCAUCACCUCGCCUGAGCUCAUCGCCCUCGCAGCCGGAGAAACCAUCGCGCCGAGGCGCAACAUCCCCAAGGCCGCUGGACGUUUUGUGUAUCGUCUGGCUGUCUUCUAUGGCCUGGGAGCCUUCAUGAUCGGCUCCAUCUGUCCCUCCACCAAUUCCAAUCUGCUGUCCGCCGAGUCGAACGCGGCCGCAAGCCCAUGGGUAAUCGGCAUCUCCUUGGCCAAGAUCCCCGUCCUCAACCACAUCAUCAACGCCGCCGUCCUGACAUCUGCCUGGUCCGCCGGAAACGCAUUCCUCUACUCCGGCGCCCGUGUCCUCUACAGCAUGGCCCAGUGCGGGCAGGCCCCCAAGAUCUUUGCGAGGACUGGAAAACUUGGCGUGCCCUACAUGGCCGUCCUAGCGACGUGGGCUGUCGGCUUGUUGGCUUUCCUCAGCGUGAGCGAGUCCAGCGAGGUCGCCUUCAACUGGUUCGUCAACAUCAGCACCAUCUCUGGCUUCAUCGCCUGGAUCGUCUGCAUCGUCACCUACCUCCGCUUCCGCAAGGCCAUGGAGUUCCGCAACCUGCUGCACACUCUCCCCUACAGGACAGCCCUGCAGCCUUACAUCACCUACUUCUCGCUUCUCAUCCUGGUGCUUGUAACCCUCACCAACGGCUUUGCCGUCUUCUUCCCUGGCAAUUGGAGCGUGGCCGACUUUCUCGCCGCCUACAUCACCCUCCCCAUCUUCUUGGUGCUGUAUUUUGGCCAUAAGCUGUGGCUGCGGACCUCUUUUGCCCACAAGACAGAGGACAUUGACGUCAUCACCGGCGUGAGGGAGAUGGAUGCGCUCGAGGCUGAGGACGUUCCUCCCGUGCCCAAGAACUUGGUGCAAAAAAUAUGGUACUGGGUGGCGUGA